CAGGUUUAGCCACAUUGACUCACAUUAACUUGUCGCUUACACGAACACAAAUAGGCAUAAUUGCAUUGUGCGGGAGUAAACCGUUCUCGAUCUACCCCAUUUCGGACGGGCCUGGCUCGCAUAUAGCUGUUGACUACCAUAAACUUGCCUACUCACUUGCCUGUCCUCACUCGGAUGAUCAUAGCGGACCACGCUACGCCUGCAUCUUUGUAGCUUCUUUGCUCGACAAUGAACCCUCCACCGCCUCCGAACGAACCUGCUGGACAAGAGCGCCAGGGUUGGAACGCUGGUGCGUCUGCUGAAGGCGCUCCAAUCUCCUCAUCUGCCUCUCCCGCUUUGCCCGUGACCACCAAUCCUUUUUCAGCUUCAGCUGGUAGUACGCCGCCUGUCUAUCCGGUGUCAGGGCAAUCCCAGCAGCCACCUAGCGAUGUCUCGAAGCCUACAGAGCUCAGUAACUCUAAUGUCAUAAAUUCUGCAAGACCGUCAAUAUGGGAGGUGCAGGCAGAGCGACUGAAAGCGGUGGUGGAAUAUCCAGCUUUUCUGGAACACUUGCUCCCCGUCUUUGAAUUGGUGCUUCAAACCGUGCCCGUUCAAAGCCUUGAAAAUAUGCAACACAAAAUACGGCACUCAAUUAUUGACAUGCUUGAACGCUUGCUUCCUUCGGAGACCCUGAAACCCUACAAGGACCGUCUUCUUACCCUGGCCCUCGAGAUUGUCCGGAAGGACAACGAAGAGAAUGCGGUGCUCGGUGCCAAGAUUCUUUCCAACCUUUUCAAAGCCUACCGAGGGAAACUUGAGAACCACGUCGAGCCUUGUUUCCUUCUGGUCAUGGACAUGUAUCGGCUCCUCCCUGAAGCCGUCACCGAGGCUUUCGCCCCUUCUUCUGCCUCGGCCCUGGAGGAGCAACAAGAGGAGGAGGAAAGCACCAGGGGUAUGGCAGCGGCCUCUCCUACCUUGGACAGGCUCUCAUCGGAAGGAAGCGCGCCUGGACACGGUAGUGGGCAAUCAGAUCGACGCAAGGGACCAUUGCCGCUGGGAAUGAAAAGCUUCAAGUUCACCCCUUUCAUCGCUUCUAUUCCCUGCCUCUUUAUUCCUCUUCUCAUUAUUUCCACCUCCUUCCAGGUCCUGGUCGAGUGUCCGUUUUUGAUAAUGGUGCUGUCUUCCUACUACCCCUCAGUCCAACAACAUCCGUGGGUGGCGGAUUUGAUUGGACUGGCUAUCAAGGGAUUAGAGCUUCGACCUCCUGAGAAGGCGGCGUUGAAGCAACGAGUGCUCUUCCGGGAGUUCCUGGCUCUGCAGAUCAAGACCGUCAAUUUCCUGUCUUGGAAUCGGCAGCAUGCCAAGCUGCUGGUUCCCUAUCAGGACACUAUGAUUGCCUCCGCCGUCUGGCUCUUGCAGAACUGCCCCGGAGAAUUCGCGAGCAACCGCAAGGAACUCCUGACCGCCAUGCGCUACAUGAUUCAAAGCGAAAUGCGCGAGGGUUUCCUUGUUCAUGUUGAUGUCCUACUGGACGAAGCAACUCUGGAAGGGAUCCCUCCAUCGUCCUUAACCAGCUCGUCUUCCACUUCCUCCGCCGGCCGGCCUCACGAUGCACUCCGCACCUCCUCCCUCAAUAUGCUGAGUGAACUGGUCUCACCCUUGCGUGAAAAGCUGUCGACGCAACAGCUUUCGGCCGUGGUCUACCUGUUCUCCAAGCAUGUGCACGACCCCACGCUUCCCCUUGCGACUCAGACGCUUGCUGUACGCGUGCUUUUGCAUCUAGUCGACAGCAUUUGUCGAAAUGCUUCGAGUGAGGAAGGGUUACAGCAGGGCCGUCGUCUUCUGGUCUGGAUCUUGCAAACCUUGGUGGAGAAAUUUGGAUCGCUGCGUACCUACCUUCCUAAGCUCGAGGCGCAGGAACGAGUAAAGGCUAUGGAACAAGAAGUUCACGAUCAGGGGGCUUUGCGACAGCUUCCGUCUCCCUCUCCGGCGUCCUCUGCAUCCUCUCCCUUUCAUCGUCCCUUCUCCUCUCCCGUGCCGUAUACAGCUGGUAAUCUAUCCACGCCUGUGACAGCCGCAGCACCGAGCAUGAGUGCCAACCCGGGGUCUAUAGCGUUUCGUAAACCCAAUCCCGCAGUCAUCGAGCGGGUUGAGCGCGUGGAAAUGAACGAAAAUCUACGGGCCGGAAAGGACUUGAUUAAAACGAUGAUGGUUGGUUUAAAAACCGUGAUAUGGUGCCUCUUGAAUCCCCAGCAGGCAACCGCACGUGCCCAAGGUCAGCCUGCUCCUGUUGGACUUCAAGCGCCGUCGCCACCCUUGCCCGCUGAGGAGACAGCCCUUCUCGUCAAUUUCUUCGAAUGGGCGCUCCUUUGUCUCCGCAUCUACAGCAAAGCCACAGGCUCCACUGGGCCUGAAGCGAAGGAAAUAUUUGAGCUCUUUGUGGGGGCGUUACUGGUGAUGGAGGCUCCCACUUUGCGAGAAGUCAUGGGUCGCAAUCUUGAGCUUUAUUUUAAUGUCGUGUUGCAGGACUUCCAUUUCCUGGCGAUCGCGCAACAGCUUGUGUCAUCAAACAAUGCCGCCGUAUCCGCGUCCGUAGCCGACAUGCUGGUACAUUUUUUCCUCGCUCACAUCGAAUUGCUGUCCGGAGAAGACGACGGCUCGUGCCGUCCCAUUCUUGUGUUCCUUCCGCCUUCCUUCACUCCGGAUAACCCGUCUUCUGCAUCACCGACUUCAUCUCAUGCUUCUACGGUGGCAUCUACUCUUUUCCGCAUGUUCUCUGUCGCCCUUCAUUCCAUCGCAAAAUUUUCCGAUAACGAGAUAAUCCUUCGCCCUCAUUUGAAGCGACUUGUCCUGCUCUGCCAGCGAAAUGCUUUAUGCUGCCGACAUCCUUCUCAGUACCUAAGUGUCCUUCGAGUCCUCUUCCGGAUCAUCUCAGGCGGGAAAUUGGAUGCGCUGAUGCGAGAGAUGUUCCCUUUGCUUCCUCAUCUGUUGUUCGGAUUUUACAAACUUCAUGAGCGCACGGAAGACGACACCGACGAUCACGUGCGGGAUCUGCUAGUAGAGCUUUCUCUUACCGUCCCUGCGCGCUUAUCCUCAAUGGUGCCUUUCGUAGCGCUUCUGAUGCGAAUGAUUGUACAGGCACUUCGUAGCAAGCCAGAAUUGGCACACAUCGGAUUGCGCACAUUGGAAUUCUGGGUUGAUAAUUUGAACGUGGACUACCUGUGGCACAUUCUUUCUCAACAGCCCACGAUAUUAAGCGACCUCUUCGCUGCCCUUUGCGAGCACUUGCGUCCUCAGCCGUAUCCCUACGGGCACUUGGCAGCUCGACUUCUUGGAAAAUUGGGAGGGAGAAAUCGCAGCUUUUUGAAGGAGGCCCCGCCCCCUCUGCCAUCUCUAAACAUGCAGCCUGACUUCUACCCGCGCCAUCAAACCUCACAGGAUGCCGCACUGUGGUUCCUCAACUCUCUCGCAGCUCCUUCGACCACGUUACCCGUGCACCGCCACUCUCUUAAUCCUUUCUUCGACGACCUACUCUCUUCCACCCUCCGCUGCCUUUACCUUAAACGGGUUCGCUCCAAGCUGGGCGCAGCUAAGGGCGUGAAAAUUUUGUGUGAAGCAAUGGGUGCUGAGUGGACGCGGCGGCAUGAGUUGCAGGUGGUCAAGGACUUGUUUUUCGUCCUCAAGGAUCAACCGUAUGAUGCUUCAGCUCCUGUGGUUGAAGACAUCAUUUCCGUUCUCCUCUCCCUCCUUACGCUUUGCCACACUCAUGAAGAGGAGGAAGGGGAAGCAGAGAGGGGAAAAAAGAUAAAAGAAAAAGAAGAGAUGUUGCGGCGGAUUGUAAACUUGGUUGUUCAAGACUUGGAGAAUGGAAAGCCUGCCGUUCGCGUGGGUGUGAAGGUCGUGCUUGCGCAUCUAGAUGAGCUACAUUCCAAAUCAAGGAAGGUGGAGGGGAGCACGAAUGAAAUUAUGACGGUUUAUGAAAUCCUGGUCGACGGGAAAGACGCUUUGCUAAAACGUCUUCUGGAAAAGAAGGCGCAUCAUGUCAACACAAGCAAAAUUGCACUCAUCGACGCCUUGACAUUCUGUCUACGGACCACACAAGAGCCUGUAGUGCCUUCCAUGGCUAUCGCACCUCCUCCUGCUCAAGCUCCUCCUCAUGUAGGCGCGGCCGAUAAAGAAAAGAAGGAGAUCGAAAGCCCCAUGCCUGCCGCUUCUACAUCUGUCCAGAAAAAGAAACGGACGGACUUGCCAACCAUGGUGCGAGAGGCUGCCGAAGCUUUGCAGAAGGAAAAGGAAGAGCAAUUACGACGGGAGGAAAAACGACUAUUUGCUUAUCCGAUCGUGCAAUUAUCAACGGAGCUGAUGAAGCAUUUGGUUGAUGUAUUUGAUUCCUCUUGUCGUGAAGAUAUCGGCGCUACUGGUGGUGGAAAUGCUGUUUCAGGUCCGCAGGGAGGUAAUAUUGCUGCGAUGACAGACGAUCGCGGCCGUGGCAGAGGAGGUGCUUACGACAUAACUCCACGAAAAUACUUGGAGGCGCAGAGCAAGAUGUCGGAGCAUGUCAAUGACAUGUUCAUGGUAGGCGAGCUUCCCCAUGUCAUGCAACUCAGAUUUUAUACGCUUCGGUUGGUGGCAGCGACUUUCCGAAAUAAGCACGAGAUCGCCUUUUCUGAAGAAUUCAAAGACUUCAGGCAGCGAGUGGUGGUUUUAUGCUUCCGAACUAUCAUCAUGCAGUGCGAUCCCGUGGCAGACGUGGCUUUGGAGACUCUUACUCUGUUGACAAGCAUAAACAAGAACUUGCCAAAAGAAACGCUUCACAAUUGCCUUCGUCCAGUUCUCAAAUCGGUUCAGGACUAUCGUUUGCUGAGUGUCGCCAGCUUAGAGGGCCUUCUACGCAUCCUAGCUUCCCUGUCAAACCUAUCAUCUCGCCUCUUUAAUGUCAAUUUUCCCGAAAAGCUUUUGGAACAUUUGCAGAAUUGGACGGAGCCGGAGGAUAAAAUUCUAAGUGAAGUCCGUGUAGGCAUAAACGGUGCUGAACGUCCACCUAUAUGGAUGGAACCGGAAAUUGCAGCCUCGAUUCUUCAUCUCUUCCAUCUCAUAGAGCCCGGACCAGUGUUUUGCGAAAAGUUUCUGGCUCCUCUUGUGCAGGUGACCAUCGCACUUCAAAAUGUCCUCCCUAAGUACCGGUAUAAUUAUCCGUCCGCUCCGGCCGAAAAUGCCGCUGCCUAUAUUCAACGUGCCAUGGCUAUCGCUGCCGCUGCUCCUUUGCCCUUAACGACGGGAGCAGCAGCCACUGCAGCAGCGGUUGCAGCUGCACAAAAGAAGGAAGGUAAUGAGAGCGUUGAAAUGAAUAUUCCAGAGGAAGGCGAAGAAGGAUUUGUUGCAGCCUCUCCCUUCGUAGUGCCCUUGGCAAAGUUUUUGAAUCGCUUUGUUGCCGAACCGGACUGCUCAGAUCAGGUGAUCGCUUUUUUCUUAGAGCCUCGACAGCUUGCCUCCGCCCCGACGCUCCAGCUUCUCACAAAUGUUCUUCAAACGCCAGAUGCUGAAGACUUCCGUUCUUUAUUUUUUAGUGCACCAGGUCUACACUCUCUUUUGACCAUUGCUUUCGGUUUGGAGGGGGUACACUUGUAUGGGGAAGUAACAAAUGAAGGUCUACCCGAAUGGCCAUUGCUUAAACCGCAGAAAGACACGUGGACCGUGGAGAAGUUGAAGGAGGAAAGGAAGCAGCAUGACACUGGUCUCCUCAUCAAUCAUGGGCUCAUCCUUUUAUCUACACUUUUGCGCAUGGAAGGAGACAAGGGCGAUGCGGAUACGGGUGGGCUGCUGGACACUGGGAGUACACCCGUCAUGCAGGCUCUGAGGUACCUGUGGUCGCUCCACCGCACGUCUUCUCCGUCCUACUACGGAGCGCCUACAACACACCCUCCUUCUAUACUCGAUGUUGCCCAUACACGGGCUCAGGCAGACCAGAUCUUGAUUUUGAAAUGUCUACUGCAGUAUUCAAAGACCCAUCCGAAGGACUGUCAGGGGCUGGUGUCCUUGCUUGAGAUUUUCACACGACCAACUUUUACGGACCUCACCUUUCUGCGCGAUUUUUUCCGGAAGGACCUGGCAUUGGACGCUUCGGCCGAUACUAAGCGCUCCAUUCUUUCUUCUUUCGUCUUCGAGAUCAUUCCUUCACCACAUUACUCCUCGCAGCUCAAAAUACUCACCCUGCGCCAUCUCAUCCUGCCUUUAUUGGCAGCGACUUUCGAGAGUCCGGCGAUCGCCAAUGGUGAAGUCGUGGAGAGCGCGGUGAUAGAUGGCCUGAUUCAACAUGCUUUUCACCCCAUCCAUUUCGAUGCUUCUCUCGGGGGGAUGAAGGAGCAUACAUUCAAGGAGGGAUCGCCUUUGCUCUAUAGUAACGGGUUGCUUGUCGAGCUUCACAAGCUCGCCACGUUGCUGAUUGAAUACAUGGGACGGGAAUUCAUGGGUCACAAGAAGGAAAUGUUGAAAUUCGCUUGGUCAUUCCUGAAACGUGAGGACGACUCGCUGCUCCGUCAUUGGGCCUACAUUCACGUUUGUCGUCUUAUUCAGGUUUACGAAAUUCUGCCCCCCCUCAUCCUACAAGUAUACCUCUUUCUGCUGAAAGCCUACCAGCAAGAUACGCGCGAGCUUGUUCGCACGGCUCUUGAGAUUCUCGUCCCUGCGCUUCCUCGUCGGCUACCUCUACCUGACUAUCAAAAGGCGGUGCGGUAUACGAAACGUGCCCUUUUUGAGGAUGGGCUUCACACUUUUCAAAUGGCGCAUCUCGCUCAUGUUCUGGUCCAGCAUCCUCCGCUCUUCUAUCCUUACCGCUCGUCUUUUGUGCCUCCGCUGAUCACGUGCGUGCAGAAGCUUUCCCAGCCCUCCGUAAUAACCACCGAUGUUCGGCAGCUUGGCGUAGCUCUUUCUGACCUUCUCAUCGCCUGGGAAAUACAUCGACGAGAGCGUGUGGCCGCAGCAGUGGCAACAUCGGGGGCAGGCGUAGCGACAGGAACAACUGUUACGAAGGGAGCCGGUGUAGGAGUGGGUAACAAGCGUCCUGCAAGCAGUGAUAUGGACGUCUCAUCUCCCGUCGCGGAAGGUGCUGGGGGCGAGAGCAAUAAACGUGGCAAAGCAGAUAGCGGCUCACCCUUUUCUCCUGCGGUCUCUUCUCCAGCAGCAGCGCCUGUUCCGCCGUCUUCGACUACAUCUGCGGGUUCGUCGUCCUCGGGUGUAUCAACGACAACCACGAAUCAUGAUGACGACAGUGUACCCGUCUUUGGUCACGUUACGCAGAUGGAAGCUGUUUUGAACUUCCUUAUCAAGAAUGCUAUUGCGACGGCGGAUUCUCGCGAUCCCCAGAGCGCUAGAGUCUCCGCCCGCUCUUUGCACUACAUCGGCUCUGCCUUGUCACUCUGGGCGUGCCCUGAGCUUCGUCUUCCAUACCUUGAACGCGUCCUCAGCUCAAUGCCGGAGACGAUUCAAUCCACCUCAGCCCCCGCCUCAUCUGGAGUGGUGCAACAGGGUGGCAAGGAAAUCACUCCCCAAAUCCUCAUCUGCGUGCUUGACAUCUUGCUCGCUGUGCUUGAACACGGUCCUCAACCUGCCCCUUUUGUCUCUCAAAAUGUUGGCCGUGUCGCGCACUUUUUGGUACCAUGCUUUAAUGCUUGCUCUGGAGAGUCCGAGAUUCGAAAGCGUCUCACUCGUGUUCUUGCUUUGAUCACGAAGUGGUGGCCUCCACAUGAUCCAUCCCCGGAAUUUUUAGAGCCGGGAAGCGGUGGAGUACCGGGAGUCAGCUUUUACGUGCGGAUGAAAACGAUCAUGGAGAAGAAGAUCUAUCAAGCGAUAGAGACUGACAGUGCAGGAGGCAACAAAACUGGAGGCCUGGGUCCGCAGCAGCAACAGCAACAGCAACAGCAACACCAGCAGCAACAGAAGGACACGGGUCGCUGUUCCGCAUUUCCCAUCGUGCAGAUUCUAGGCACCAUUGUCAAACAAGCCUCGGCUUCAGCUGUAACCAAGAUUUCCAGUGAUGGUGGGAUAGCCGAGAAAGGGAGCGGUACAAUGGCGCCUUCUGCGGUCCCGAAUAUCAAUCAAGCUGUCCUUGAACCGUACUGUUCUAUGUUGCUCAAGCUUGCAACUCAUCUCACGCGGCAUCACACGGCAAAUGCCCUCAUGAAUGCUCGGCCGGGGAUAGCGCAGCUUCAGUUCAUGGCAACACCAACAAUGGCGAUACUCGACGAAGCGCUCUCGAUAGCCACAUCUACCGCAACAACGGUUUCAACCGCUAGCAGUAGUGGAAAUGCAUCGCCUUCUUCCGGUGCUUCUUCGGUAAUGAAGCCCCCGGAUGAGGCCAUUCAAACCCUGAUCCGUUGUAUUCAGCUCACCGGACGAUGCAUAGGUGCCAAUCCGAUGAAACUGGCGGACCAACGGAAAGCGCUUUUGGCUGUAAUGGGUGCUUGCUUGGAUAAGUCAGAUUCUAUACCGCUUCUUCUUGCCAUCUACCAUCUUGUCGCAGAAUGGACCUUGGGAUACUCUCUCCGCACUAUUGUAGAACAAGAGGAUAAUGACAAUAGGGCAGCGGAUAAGGAGAAAGCGGAAGAUGAAAUAUAUGAGGUAGAGAUUGAUGUGAAUUUGCGGGCAGUCCUACAGCAAAAGGAGAAAGCUGCGCUUCUGGCGAAAAUGAGCUUGGCCCUGGAGCGGUCGCCAGAGGUGGUCUCUCAGCCCUUGCACGCCGUUCAUCAUCGGUUUGUCCUUCUGUUUCUCCAACAGCAGCAGCAGCAGACGCAGCCUAAUGUUGCACCGGCGCCCUUGCGAACGGAGGUCGUUGAUUCUGCAGGACUGACAGGAGCUAGUCCAUCUGUAGCAUCUGCAGCUCCGGCACCUGCCGACAUGGAUGUUGAGACAACAGCUGCCAUAAAGACGCAGGGUGCCGCGUCGACCAUCUCGCCCUCUCCUGUAACGGGUCAAAAUGGAGAGGCAGGCGCCACCGAAAUUUCCAGUACCUCGUUACCAGCCGCACCUGGUGCUCUCCCUGGUGCCACAGUCCAUUUCUCUUCAGCUACUUCAUCUGUUCCUGUUGCGCCUGCCAAGCUGUCCGCUGGCCCUGUUCCACCGUGGGUGACGCAGGCAACGGCGCGAUCAGUCACCGCUGGGCUAAUAACUGUCGAUUAUAGACUCCGAGAGCAAUACACGAGGAUGUUUUAUGAUCCUCAAAUUGGAAUGCAGGAAGGUGGAGUGAGUACACACCCUGGUGAGAGACUCACUCAUCUUCUUUGCAAAGCUGAAUGGGACGUCGUGGGUGGACGCUACUGGAUUGUGGUCUUGGUAGAUUUGUUGCUCAGAGCAUUGUCCCCAAAUAGUGCAUCUCUGCAGCCUGUGAACCCGUCCCUGAUUUUGGCAAGGCCUUGCCUAGCAGCUGCAGAAGGCGGCACACGGACGUCCUCCGACGUCGUCAGAUUUUAUCUUGAAACGCAAGGGGAGCUGAAGACCUCAAAGGAGGGUCUUGGGCCAUCCAUUAUUGCCGCUCUUCGCCUGUUGUUGCAUGCGGAUCUGACAGUUGUGAGAGGAUUGUGGAUUCCAUUGCUACGCAACGCCUGGAAAGCUCUGAAGCCCGUAUCCUCCCCUCCAUCGGCGACAAGUACCGACGCACCCUCUAUGCCAGUGUCUCCUUCCACAGAUUCUGGCACGCCAGAUGAAAGUUUUAAUGCCCUUCAAAACGAUCUCGUGCCCGGUAUGGUUUCUGUCCUGACUCGUGGCUCUCACAGGCAGGCCCUUGUGCUCCCUUCCUAUCACCUUUCUCCGGUGCAACACCAGAUAAAUACCGUGCAGGGACUCCUUCACGGUUUUCUUUCCCUAACACCCAUGCCCAACUUGCCACCCGAUUUGUUGGGUGCCCUUGCAGUGAACUAUAACGCGUGGACUACUGUCUUGCCUUUAAUAGAACAUCAAGUUACCUCUGUAACUGGGUCGGCGGAGAAACAGCCUUGGAUACAGGUCUUAUCGACUAUCUACUACAUGAUGGGCGAGCACGACCUCCGGGCGGCGAUGCGAAAAAGGUUUUGUGCCUUACCUGAAAGCAAGUAUGCCUUGUCGUUGGAAAUGUACGGAAAAGUGCUGGAGGCUCAGCAAGCCUUUUACGAGCUUAUUCAGCGGGACGCUCUCGGAGGGCGUGGAGGAGGCGCAGGUGGAGGUGUUGGAGGGACGACAAGCUUUCGGGGCUUAGCACAGUUUGAGUUAGAGCUUUGGGAAGAAAGGUGGAUAGAAUGCAGCAAGCAACUUAGUCAAUGGCCAACGCUGGGUGAAUUUGCUGCUUCGACAAAGCAUCCUGAGCUAGCCCUGGAGUGUGCAUGGAAAAGUGCGGAUUGGGAAAGUGUUCGAUCGCUUCUACAAAGCAACCAACUGAUCCUCCAGCAAGAAACUGGGAGCCCUGCGCAUCGUGUGCAUGAAGCGCGCCUGGCUGUGGCGGAUGGAAGACCUCCUGUAGACAUUGACCGGUCAAUCGGACAAGCGUUCCAAUUGGCUCUAAGCAAAUGGCAGCUACUUCCUCGUGUCUACCAGGGCUGCCCAUCGCACAAGCCUUUACUUCACGUCAUGCAUCAACUCCACGAAAUCAAGGAAUCUGUUACCAUUAUGGAUGAUGCGGCGAUGAAACGGACUCCCGGCGUUGUUCGGGAUGGAGGGAGUGGAGGAGGAUUAGGAGGACCUUCGCCAGGCGCUGCCUCAGCUACGGCGACACACCUGCACAAUUUGGUACGGUUUUGGCGGGAUCGACUUCCGAAUACAUGGGAUCCACUCAAUGAGUGGGAUGACGUUCUGUACUGGCGGCUGCAAGUGUUCCAAAAGGUUCAAGAGAGGAGGCUGGCAGCUGCUGGUGGAGACUUGGCUGCUGCUGCGGCCAUGAAUUCCUCGGGAGCAGGAAUGGGACCUCCUGAUCCCGCGCGGCUGGCGCCGGAAUUUCAAGACACUGCCUGGACGAUGGUGACCCUCGCCAAAGGUGCGCGGAAACAAGAAUUGAAUGACGUGGCCCUUAACGUACUCUGCCGCAUCCCCAUGGCCACCAUGGCCGUGUCGGAUGCAUACGGCAAGCUCCGAGAGCAGGUAGUGAUUUGUUACCACGCUCUGCGUGCGGUGGGGUCUCUGGGCUCCAUGGCAUCAGAUUAUCUUUCUGGAAUUCUCCCUGCUGCUGUCUCGAAUGCCGGCCUAGGCAGCGUUCCUUUGACGCCGUCCAAGCUGGGACAGGCGGGGUUGAACAUUAUCAACCACACGAAUAUCGAAUACUUCGGAGAUGAGCAGACGGCGGAACUCUUCCGCCUGAAAGGUCUCUUACUGGGUGCGGCGGACCUGCGAGCCGAUGCGAAUCAAGCUUUUAGCCACGCCGUGCAAGUGUGUGAAAAAUAUGGGAAGGCUUGGUUGGCCUGGGGACGGUAUUCAGAUGAAAUGUUUGAGAAAGAAACGGCGCAACGGCUCUUAGCCUUGAAUGCGAUGGCAUGCUACUUGGAGGCGAUCCAUCACAAUGCAUUAGAGGCCCGUUUGCUCUUGUCUCGGGUACUUCAAAUGCUUCUGGUCGACGAAGAAUCCGCAGCGCUUGUCCUGGAUCGACACGGAAGAAGGCUGCCGGACUGGAUAUGGGUUCCCUGGAUUCCUACACUUAUCGCCUUCCUCACCCGCCCUGGCGCUCAAGUCGUGAAGGGCAUUCUCAAGCAGGUGACCAACAGCUAUCCACAGGCAGUGUACUGCACGAUUCGCGCGUAUUUUAUCGAACGGCGGGACUUGCAAAGCUCUCUUUUACCGCCCUCCACCACGCAGUCAACGACCUCUGUCACAUCUUCUGCACCAGCAGCAAGCACAAGAAGUGGCACACUUUCUUCCGCUGACGCUGGCGUGGCUAGCAAUACUGAAAAAGCUGUGAUUGCUCCUUCCAUCGCCAAUGGUGCCGCCACCACCGAUGAUCAGAAAGUUCCACAAAGCUCAACUGCUCUUGCAGGUCUACCACCGCAGCUCGCGGCAUGUGUAGACUUAGCCACGGGAACCUUGACUCAGCCUGUGAUCCUGCGCUAUUCAAGUCAGCCAGGACCUUCUCUCGCAACACCUCAACAGCAGCCUGGAACAUCUUUAGUCGCACAAACUGUAAAAGUGGAGGCGGGUCGUCCUGUGGCUGAAGUUCGUGGGGCGUUGGACAAGGGUGCCAUUCUACUCAACUUGCCGCCACCUUCUGCGCCUGCUGCAUCUGAAUCAGCAGCUGGUGGGGGUGUGAGCGGAGGGGGAGGAGCGACCCCGGCUCCGAUACAGGAGGUUGGUGCCUUCCAGCAUGCGGAGGAAGUAGUAAAUCAAUUUCGCAAAUCCCAUCCCAGCUUGGCCCACGACAUGGAAUUAAUGCUGGAAGAGAUUAUUGUGCGUUUUCGCCCCAAGCAAGAAGAAGAGCUGCUGGGUACAUUACAUACAUUGCUGCGGCGAUGUUUCCAGUCUAUUUACAUGCACUUGGACGAUCCCAUGCCUCAUAGUCUUCGUGAAACUCUUCUGCGAGUUUCCAAGAAAUUUUUUCGCUCCUCGGGUCCUUAUCUACCUUCAACCAGUCCAUCAUCGCCUGUGCUGGCUGAAAAUAGCGUCAGCGCAAAAAAGGCCGCUUUUGUCAAAACCUUUAAGGACGCAUUUGAGAAAGACUUCAUGCUUGUUCCCCCAUUCGCCCCGGCACCGCCAGCAGAAGGUCAUCCCGUGCCAGUAGAACCGAUGUCGCUGCAUAGAGUUAUCUUGACUCUUCGAAAAUGGAAACAACUCCUGCUCUACUGCAUUUUGAAAGACCAGCAUACGGCGGGAGGGACUUCACCUGUGGAGCAGCCUCUCGCCCUUUACCAGUGCAGUCCACACCUCGCCGCCAUGCGCUACGAGAUACCACCCUCCGUUCUCCGAACUUCGGCAUUGUCGACUUUAGGUUCGAGUAGCAGCAGCGGAAGUGGAAGUGGGAGCUCGGCUGCUGAAGCUGCUAUGAAAAUGGGCCUGUCAGGAAGCUCUGCAGUGACGACGACACCGGUGGAGAUUCCUGGACAAUAUGCGACCUGUCCCGGGCAACCAUUCCCAGACAUGCAUGCAAAGCUCUUGGGAUUUGAUCCCAAGGUGGAGGUAUUUUAUCGGAAUCACGCAUUCCAUCGUCGACUCUGUUUGUUAGGCAAUGACGGACGGAAAUACUACUUCGUGGCGCAAGGUGCUACUCCUUACACGACUCGUUCUGAUGAACGCAUGAUGCAAUUGUAUUGGCUGCUAAAUCGGCUGCUUGAAAAAUCCAAUAUGGCUCAGCGCCGGUCUAUCGCAGUGAGUAUCCCUGUAGUAGUACCUAUCACUCCACGGUUGCGUCUGAUGGAAGACCAUCGCUUAUUCACCUCUUUGGGAGAGGUUUAUGAGGCGGAACGUCAUGCCAAAGGCCUGGACCCAGAUGGUCCGGUGAUGCUACGACGAGAGAGAGGCUCCGUCGCUAUUUCAUUGGCCAAGCAGGAGGUGGAUGCCGAAGUUGCUGCAGAGCAAGCUCGACAUACGAUAGCUGUUCAAGAGGCGACAAAUGCAGGGCUGCCCGUUCCACCGGCUCCGGUGGCUCAGUCGUCAGCUUAUCAGACCAAGAUUGAGAAAUACUUGCGCCGGGAACGCUUGGCUGUGUUCCAAGAAGUGACGCGUCCUGGAGGACUCGUUUCGAAGCACAUUCUUACGCAAUUUGUGCAUUCGACACUUGGCGGCGAACCUGAAGCUAUCUGGUCGUGGAAGCAUACCUUUGCCCAACAACUGGCUGUGUCGAGCCUUUUUUGCUUUGCUUUGAGUUGUGGAGAGCGCACACCAGGCCGCCUCAUUUUCCAUAAACUCAACGCUACAAUCCAGUCAGCUGAUUUGCGGCCCGGAUACGGAAUUCGAGGCUAUCUAGAGAGCAAUGAAGAAGUUCCUUUCCGCCUGUCUCCAAAUCUGAUGGCUGUCUUCUCCCCGUUUCUCGUCGAUGGUGUCUUUGUCCCGACCAUGGCGGCGGUCGCCCAGGCUAUGACACAGAAGCGAGAAUUUAUUCAACCCUUUUUGCAUCUAAUGCUCAAGGACGACAUUUUAGCGUGGAAUAUGUCAAAAGCGACGAUGCCUCGCGAGGCCAUGUUAGAUCAGAAGAAGAUGGAAAGUGUUCUUGCCGACCGUGUCAAUCGUAAUGUGCUAAAAGUCUUGGAGCGCCUUGUCGUUUGUGCUCCAGCUUUACCGUCCGAGAAGCACCCGUUUGUCUCCCCAUUGCAGCAUGGGGCAGGUACCGGUGGGAUGAGCUCCGGCAUGGCGACAAUCGGUGCCGGAGGGGAAAUGAUAGACGCAAGGGCGACACUACUCGUGGAACGGGCGGCAAAGCACGAAUAUGUGGCGCAGAUGGCCCCUACAUGGCAUCCGUGGCUCUAAAUGAAGUAAAAAAGCUCUUUAUUAAUCCUGACACUCAAACGUACAGCGGAGGAUUCGAGGCCGUGCGAACAUAUCCGGAUUGAUGCGCAACCCUUCCAACAAGCAUACGGGUAACGCCCGACGUCUUGACCUGGAAUCGCAUUUAUAUGUGAAGAGAUAUUAAAAAGGAGUGCAGAUGCUAGACCAAGAUGAUUUCAAGGCGAAACAAGUUUACAAUAAAUCAACAUGUUCUGUUCAGAUUCGCGUAUAGAGCACACUACACACGGAGCAGCAAUAUUUAAUUCGUAGGAAAUCAUAUC